CUCAAUCAUCAUCGGUCAGUGCAGUAGAAUCGGCUGCCAUUCACGCUUCUUCGGAUCGGUCAGUUCAUAGAGCGCCCGCAACCUGGACACCUUCUGCUGCACAACGUCCCUUUGUUACUCGCUUACGCCAAGCGAUGAUUCCUUGGCUGAUCCUGGUCCUCGUGGCCUCAGCGGCCGCAGGUCCAUCCUACUUAAAAUCUAUUCCUGACAUAUUACAACCACCCCCAUUGGAUCCUAUCGAAAGAGAAGCAGAUGCAGAAAUCAUCAGUCUGCCUUCGUUUCAACGAGGCGCUGUCGAAGGUCCUCCGAUGAUCGAGAACCCGUUGAUGGAUCCUUCCAUCACCCAUGCUGAAUACGGAUCGGAGAGAUUCCCUCUACGUGACGCGGUCGAAGCGUUGCCCGCAAACAAGAUCGACUUUCAAGUCGUCAGUCUACCUCUACAAGAUUCCUCGCAGGGCCGAGUACCUUUAAGGGACGCCGUGGAACAUCGGGAAGCUCCUUUCUUCGGUAAUCUCGACCACGAGUCCAUCUGGAUCGAGCCAUUAGCACCACCAACUUUAACAAGGACCGAGCAAAUCAUUAAUCCAAAAGUGGUAUGCCAUUUGGACUCCAGCGCGGUUCACAGGAUAGAGCCGUUCUCUUUGUUUCCCCAAUCCGUGCCGGACCAUCGAUGCAGCCAUCUGAUUUAUAUUGCUGCCAUUUUGGAUCCGGAAGAGCUGGUUGUCGUCUCAAGGGACCGCGAAUAUGACGAGAUUAAGGGUGGAUAUAAGGCAGUAACGGGACAUCGAUCGAGGGAUCCAGCAUUGCGAGUGCUCGUCUCGAUCACGGCCCCAAACCGGGGGAAACUGUUUUCUGAAGUGACCAAGAACCAUUGCACCCUGCACUGUGAAAAAUUUGGAAAAUCCAUCUUAAGUUUUCUCGAAGCGCAUGACUUCGACGGCGUUGAAAUCGAUUGGGAUGGUUCGCCAGAUCGCAUCAAUGACUUGAAACUCUUGUUGAGAACGAUUAAGAAAAUUUUCGCUGAUCGAGAAUAUAUUCUCGCGGUUGUUCAAAAGCCAGACGAUCCGGUGGAUCAGGAAAUCACUUCCGCAGCCGAUUUAGUUCUUCUGAAAGCUUGGAGAGACAAUCCUGCGUUCAGAAGAGAAAAAUUGGCUCUUCAUCCCGCGCCAUUGAAGUAUGUUGCUCGAGUGACGAAUAGAUGGAUCGAUCAAAUCCCGACAGAACACAGAUCGAAAAUUGUUCUUGGCUUACCUAUAUUUGGACAAGGGUAUACUUUAAAAUUUGGAAAUUUUACGGACACUGGUGCACCUAUUAUCGGGCCGGGGAUUGAAGAUGUUUAUACCAAGCAGAAAAAUGGAAGAAUAGCUUACUAUGAAAUCUGUGAGAAAUUGGAAGAUGGAUUGUGGACCUCUGGAAGAGACGAGGAAGGGCCAUACAUAAAACGUGGUGACCAGUGGGUUGGUUACGAGGAUCCAUUGUCAGUGAAAAUCAAAGUGGCUUACGUUAGAUCAAUCAGACUCGGUGGAGUUUCUUUAUGGUCUCUUGAUUUGGACGAUUUUCAAGGCAUUUGCGGUAAUUCGUGGCCUAUGUUGAACGCUGCAACCGAAUCGAUAGGCUUGUACGAUGAGGUAGAACUGAACGAAUGUUCUACCGAUGGUCUAUCUAGUGACCCAGAAAAUUGCUCAGGAUUCUAUUCCUGUCACAAUGGAGUGCGAUAUCGAGGUCAGUGCGGACCAGGAAGAUUCUUCGAUUCCAUUAAUGACCGUUGCGUAAAAGCGAAUUCGAACAUUUGUAAACCAGUACAAUUUAAUAAAAUGCAAGGAAAUCAUUACCAGACUGAGAUAAGGGAAACGCAAGCUUUCCAAAAUUUAGAGAUUUCUCCGAAGAAGGGUCCCCGUGUAGUCUGCUACAUAACUUCGUGGUCGCUCUACCGUAAAGGAGAUGGACUGUUCGCUCCAGAACGAUUGGACUCCCGCCUAUGCACCGAUAUAAUCUAUGCGUUCGCUGGAUUGAAUCCAGACACAUUGCUCAUCCAACCGUUAGAUCCUUGGAUCGACAUAGAACACAAUUUAUAUGAGCGAGUAACGAAGACCAAAGGAUCAAAAGUGCUCUUAGCCAUCGGAGGCUGGACAGACAGCACUGGUGACAAGUACUCUCGUUUGAUAAGUAGCAGCGUUGCACGUCGCAAAUUCAUUGCAGCUACGAUAAACUUCUUGAAGAAGCACAACUUCGAUGGUCUAUCCUUCGAAUGGAACUAUCCAAAAUGUUGGCAGAGUAAUUGCAGGAAGGGACCCGAUUCCGACAAGCCCAAUUUCACCAAAUUAAUCCAGGAACUGAGAAAAGAGUUCGAUCAACAGGAACCGAGGCUUACGUUAGCCGUAGCAUUCUCAGGUUAUAAAGAAGUGAUCGACAGAGCCUAUGAAGUCCGUGAAAUUUCGGAAAUGGUGGAUUUCAUAUCAGUGAUGACGUAUGACUAUCACGGUGCUUGGGAGGCAAAAACGGGUCACUUGUCGCCCUUAUUUGGAAAUUCUGACGACAUCAAUCCAUACUAUAAUGUGAAUUCCACGAUGGAGUACUUGAUAAAUCUUGGAGCGGACAAAUCGAAACUCUUGGUAGGCAUACCUUUAUAUGGACAAGCUUAUCGACUGUCUAGUGAAAAUUUAACAAGUCUUGGAGAUCCUGCCACUGGACCUGGAGCUGCUGGAGAAUUUACCAAACAACCUGGGAUGCUGGCCUAUUACGAAGUUUGUGACAGAAUCAAGAACAAGGGCUGGGAGAUAGGAUUAGGUAAAAAGCCGAAAGAAGAAAGAAAAUAUGUAUCUUUUGACCCAAAAUGUUCCAUUUUAGGUCCAAGUGCGUACCGCAGAGACCAGUGGGUGGGCUACGACAAUCAGGAGAGCGUUUUCGCAAAAGGAGAAUACAUUUUGAAACGUGGUUAUGGGGGUGCAACACUGUGGACUGUGGACUUGGACGACUUUUUAAAUCGCUGUUGUUCGGAAUCCUUCCCACUAUUGAAGAGCAUAAAUCGUGCACUAGGUCGUUUAAAGAAUAAAGCUUCUGAAGGAUGCGGACGGCCACCAGAACCAGUUACACCACAACCUCCAACGUUGACGACUCACAGCGACGCAGUGGGAGACACUCCUCGACCAACGACGCCAAUGGCAAAGCCAACCACGUGGCCAAUGUGGACUGAAAAGCCGAGUACAGACAGUCAUCAUACAACUACUACUUGGCCCACUUGGACUUGGAAACCAAGCAAACGACCAGAGUCAACGACUAAAAGUACCACGGUCUGGUGGACUCAAUCAACCAACACUGCUUCUUCAACAUGGACUUCAACCAAAGCACCGGAGCAAUUAACAACAGAAGGCACGCAAGGUAUAGAGAAACCAAUAGACUCCUCAAAACCAGAACAGCCGUGUAUGACAGGAGAAUACGUGCCGGAUCCUGAUAACUGCAAAAACUACUUUAGAUGCGUGCUUGGUGAAUUGCAACGUGAACAAUGCGCGCCAGGAUUGCACUGGGACGCGAGACGACGCAUUUGCGAUUGGCCAGCUGCGGCGAAAUGUCAAGCAGAGACGGGUUCUGUGACUCAAAAACCAUCAUGGACCACCAUGAGAACCACCACUACGAAAAAACCAACUACGUCAUUCAGACCUUCUUCACCUAAACCUAUCACCCAAAAGCCAAUUAUGGAAGCUUCGAACGGAAAGCCGCCAAAAAAUUGUGUACACGGCGAAUAUUACUCCUAUCCAGAUUCCUGCACAGGUUUCCAUAUCUGCGUGAAUGGAAAUUUAAUUUCUCAACAAUGUGGACCAGGAUUGAACUGGAACAAGGAGAAGGGCAUGUGCGACUGGGCUUUCAAGAAUCCUUGCAUCGAGAAGCCGAAGAAAACGGCCUCGUUGAUUGCAGGAGGUAGCAAGUCAAGUUCGUGUACGCCUGAUAGUUACACUGGCGUUCCAGGAGAUUGUGAAAGCUUCCAAGCAUGUUUAUGGGGUCGCUACGAAGUAUUCCGUUGCGCUCCGGGAUUGCACUUUAAUGAGAGAACUCGAAUAUGCGACUGGCCAUCUAGAGCUAAUUGUCAAGAUAACUCUGUAUCAACAGAUAAUCAAGAUUCCAACACACCUAGCAAUAAGCCAAUUAAUCAUCCAACGAGUACUGAAAAGCCUUGGGUAGCAAGCACCACUCAAGCUACGACCACCUUGCCAUCGGCCGUGAUAGAUGCUGACAAAGUUUCUCCAUUGUCUGGCCAUUACAAAAUCGUGUGUUACUUCACUAAUUGGGCCUGGUAUCGAAGAGGGGUCGGUCGUUAUCUUCCUGAACAUAUCGAUCACACCCUCUGCACCCAUAUCGUUUACGGAUUUGCUGUUUUGGAUUAUUCAGAUCUAAUCAUCAAGGCUCACGACUCCUGGGCGGAUUACGACAAUCAUUUUUACGAACGCGUAGUCGCGUACAAGAAACGUGGGUUGAAAGUAUCUCUUGCUCUGGGAGGUUGGAACGACUCAGCUGGAGACAAAUACAGUCGUCUAGUGAAUAAUCCUACUGCUAGGAAAAGGUUCAUUGAACAAGCAAUCCAAUUCCUGGAAAAAUACGAUUUCGAUGGGCUUGACUUGGAUUGGGAAUACCCAGUUUGCUGGCAAGUUGACUGCAAUAAAGGUCCAUCUUCAGAUAAACAAGGCUUCGCAGAUUUGCUUAAAGAACUGAGCAAAGAAUUGAGACCCAGAGGAUUAUUACUUAGUUCGGCGGUUUCGCCGAGUAAGCAAGUGAUCGACAAAGGCUACGAUGUUCCGGCACUCGCUAAAUAUUUGGACUGGAUUGCAGUGAUGACUUACGAUUUCCAUGGUCAAUGGGACAAGAAAACUGGCCACGUAGCGCCGCUCUAUUACCAUCCUGAUGAUGACUACCAUUACUUCAACGCAAAUUAUUCCAUCAAUUAUUGGAUCGCUAAGGGAGCUCCUCGUAGAAAUAUCGUUAUGGGAAUGCCAUUAUACGGACAGUCGUUCUCCAUAAACGACCGCAACGCAGGUACAGGAUUAAAUGUGCCAGCUAGUGCUGGACAAGCAGGUGAAUUUACUAGAGCUGCAGGAUUCUUGUCCUAUUACGAGAUUUGCGAUAGGAUUAGGAACCGUGGAUGGAACGUCGUUCAAGAUUCAGAACACCGAAUGGGUCCCUAUGCAUAUAAGGGCACUCAGUGGGUGAGCUUCGACGACGCUGACAUGAUUCGACGGAAAGCUGAAUAUGUUAGGGACAUGGGCCUUGGUGGUGGAAUGGUGUGGGCAUUGGAUCUCGAUGAUUUCCGGGGACGCUGCGGCGAAGGACCGCAUCCGUUGAUGCAUACUCUUCAAAAAGUUUUAGCUAGUCCUCCCAACAAAGAUGAAGAACUUGAGAAACCACCGAUUACGGUGGAAGAUUUAGAUCAAGGUCCGAUGGCGCCCACGGUAGCAUCCACCACUGUUAAGACACCCGUGCCAUCUUCAACGUCGAGGGAUCAACUGCAACCUGAUGAUAAAUUCAAAAUGAUUUGUUAUUUUACAAAUUGGGCCUGGUAUCGUCAAGAAGGGGGAAAGUUCUUGCCAGAAGAUAUAGACCCUGAUCUGUGUACUCAUGUUCUCUAUGGUUUCGCGGUACUCGAUGGAUCGCAGUUAACGAUUAAACCACAUGAUGCAUGGGCUGAUAUAGACAACAAGUUCUACGAAAGGGUCGCGGCUUUAAAAUCGAAAGGAAUAAAGGUAUUAAUGGCUAUUGGAGGAUGGAAUGAUUCGGCAGGCAACAAAUACAGUCGUUUGGUGAAUUCACCAUCAGCUAGACAAAGAUUCAUCACGAAUGUAAUCCAAUUUAUCGAAAAAUACGAGUUUGAAGGCUUGGAUUUAGAUUGGGAGUAUCCAGUAUGCUGGCAGGUCGAUUGUAAAAAAGGUCCAGCUACAGACAAAGAAGGAUUCGCUAGUUUAGUGAAGGAGUUGAGCGAACAAUUCAAACCAAGAAAUUUACUGCUAUCCGCCGCGGUUUCUCCGAGCAAACGAGUCAUUGACACAGGUUAUGAUGUACCAAGCUUGGCGAAAUACUUAGACUGGAUAUCUGUAAUGACGUAUGACUACCAUGGUCAAUGGGACAAGAAAACCGGUCACGUGGCGCCACUGUAUCGACUGCCCAAUGACUGGGAGCCAACUUUUAACGCGAACUUUUCAAUUCAUUAUUGGAUGGAGAAAGGUGCACCAGCGAAAAAGCUUGUAAUGGGAGCACCACUGUACGGUCAGUCCUUCUCCUUGGCAGAAAGAAGUGAGAGAGGAUUAAACGCACCGACUUAUGGCGGCGGUGAAGCCGGCGAAGCAACAAGAGCCAGAGGUUUCCUGUCUUAUUACGAAAUAUGCGAAAGGACAUUAAAGAAGGGCUGGACCGUGAUCCAAGACAGACAACGACGUAUCGGUCCCUAUGCAUAUAAAGGUGAUCAAUGGGUCAGCUUUGACGAUACCAGACAAAUUAAACUGAAGGCAGAAUUAAUAAAGGAUCUUGAUUUGGGCGGCGGCAUGGUGUGGGCUCUCGAUUUGGACGACUUCAAGAACAGAUGCGGCUGUGAGCCUAGCCCGCUUCUGAGAACCAUGAACAGGGUUCUAAGAAAUUAUCCCAAAGGUCCAUUGUGUCCAGUAACGAAUGAAUUUCUGACGAUUGACGCUGGAGAAUCCAUCAUGGAAUCUACGACUACUGAACGACCAAGUUGGGAACCUACUACUUCUGCUAAACCAACGUACUUGCCACCAACGUCUACAACCGCGGAUCCGGAUUCUGAUAUUGAUGAUACUAUCGAAAUAGAAGCUGAGCCGCCAAUAAUAGGUGGUUUACCAGACGACUGCGGCGGUCGUGUAUUUGUUCCCCAUAAGAAAGAUUGCUCUAAAUACUUCUUAUGUAAUUUUGGAAAGCUUACUGAACACUCUUGUCCUCCUGGUCUGUAUUGGAACGAGAAUCGUUGCGACUGGCCUGAGAACACCAAAUGCCAGGAUUCUCAGAGACAAUCGAACGAGUUAUUGCCAUUAAUCUCUGACCAGGAGAAUAACAAGAAAAAAAUGAUUUGUUAUGUAAUGAACUGGGCGCGAAAGCGGCCUGGGGUAGGACAAUUCCUACCAGAAGACAUUGAUCUAGAUUUAUGUACUCAUAUAGUUUACGGCCUCGCGAAGUUGGAUCCGGAACGAUUAACUAUACAAAAUCCACAGGCUGCUAGACAGAAAGAAUUUCUUAGUAAAAUAGCGGAUAUUAAAAGCAGAACUGGACUGAAGGUUUUGCUUGGUUUGGGUGGCUGGGAUGAAUCUACAGAUAAUAAGUACAGCGAAUUGGCGCACAAUUCGAUGGAACGGAAAAAAUUUGCGCGCCACGCUGCUCUUUAUAUUCAAAGUCGCGGAUUUGAUGGUCUUGAUCUCCUUUGGGAGUAUCCAGUAUGCUGGCAGGUUGAUUGCAAUCGUGGACCAUCAAGUGAUAGGGAAGCUUUUGCAGCCCUGCUAAGGGAACUAAGCAUAACCUUCAAACCUAAAGGAUUGCUCCUUUCCACUGGUGUUUCUGCUAGCAAAGAAGUGAUCGACGUAGCCUACGACGUUCCAGCAUUAAUCAAAUACCUCGAUUGGAUAAAUGUUAUGACUUAUGACUAUCAUGGCUAUUGGGAAGACAAAACUGGUCACGUAGCCCCGCUUUAUCGUAAUCUGGAUGAGCAAACCAAAUACUUGAACGUGAACUUUACAAUAAUCCACUGGCUAGAACAAGGUGUGCCAUCGAAUAAACUGAUAAUGGGAAUACCAGCAUAUGGGCAAAGCUUUACGUUAUCGAGAAAAUUGCAAGGAAAAGGAACACCGGGCCUUAACGCACAAGUUUCCGGGCCCGGGCAUCCAGGAGACUUCACCAAGUCAGCCGGAAUGCUUGCUUAUUACGAGAUAUGUAACAACGUAAAAAACAGAGAUUGGUCCGUGAUCAAGGAUUCGAAGAAUCUGAGUGGACCGUAUGCCACCAGAGAUGACCAAUGGGUCAGUUAUGAAGAUAUAUCCAGUGUAAUGCAGAAGACGAAAUUCAUAAGAGAUCUAAAUCUUGGUGGUGCAUUGAUAUGGUCUUUAGAUGUAGAUGACUUCACAAAUCUUUGUGGCUGUGGAAAAUAUCCUUUAACAACAGCGCUUAGUCAAGGACUUAGAGGAGAACGAAACCUCAGAAUGGAUUGUACUUGAGAUACACGUACUUUAGACAAACACGCGAGUAAUUCACGGAUGCCAAUUCAUUGACGUUGCGUUCCACUUUCACGGAUGACCAUAAAUCUCGGAUCGACCGUAUCAGCCAGCAUAAGUACUGUACGGCAAGAAUUCACAAACGUAAUGUUUCAGGAAGAACAAUACAAUUUAGAGAAAAAAGAAGAGAACAGCGUUUACCUUGAUUCUUGUAUCGCGUUACAAUUGCCAACAAUGUGAUUGUAUAGAAUCAAACAGGAUUCUAUCAUAGCACUUUCUGAUUCGCCUUAUUCUCCGUUUCAUGGUAUAAUAGUACAUAUCUCUGUAACGAGUAAUAGUGAUUAGAUCAUCUGCUUUAAAUCUAUCUACGGAUAAAAACAUUACAUUGAUAAAAAAAAAAAGAAUAAUUUUUCUAUCCAACGUUUGUACUCUUUUUUUUCUUUAGUGAAUUAAUUAACUCGUUAUUGAUGUAAUGGGGCAUUACAUACGAUGAAUCGGGAGAUAAAUAUCAUAUAACAAUCCGAUUCAUUAUAAUUAAAAAAUCGAUUACGUAUGUUGCGUUUAACGUUUGAACUUUAUGUUUGAAAUAAAAUAAGAAAAAUUAACGAAAUGAUAGAUAAGUAAUCGCAUAUAAACAAACAAAAAUUGUUAGCCUUAUUUCAUACGGCGAUACACGUAUAUAAUACGUGUAUGAUAGAUACCGAUUAUAUAGUAUUCAUUAUAGAAUCGCGUAAACGCUUCCAUAAUGAACAGUUAACAUCUAUACUCAUCAUACAUGUAUCGUUGUAUGAAAGAGGCCUAAAUUAUCUGAAAAACUCUUCCGAGUGACGUGCAUAGAAUUUUCUUUCGCGCGCAAAAGUAGAGAACAUGAAAUUGCCAGUACGUUCCUCGGGAAGACAAUUUUAAUCAAACUCGAAAUUGCAUGUAUGCACUAUUUAUUAUACAUAUAUAUGUAUUAUACAUUAUAUAUACAUAUAUGUAUAAUAAAUACACGCAAUUUUCAUAAAAUUUGUAUAAGUUAUCAAUAUAAGAUUCAAUAUAAGAUAAAGAACAAAGUGGAUUAUACGAAUGAAUUAUUUAUCCCGAAAGAUGAGAGAAAUGAGUAAUUAACGAGUUUCAUUCUGGCAAAGAUUUUUAUAACUUGACUCUGAUUUGACUUUGAUUCAGAUUCUACAGAAAAGUUUGUUUUAUAUGGAAUAUUGACUUGUUAACUGGCUGAGACUUAGUCCAGUUAGUUAGCGAGGAAUAAUUUACAGCGAUAAUCCUAUCUUAAUGUGGAAUGAAUAAAGACAUAGAAUGAAA